UUGUGUUUUAUUUUUUACGCCUCUAAAAUUUGCCUUUUUUAAGUUUAAGCUAUGGCAAUACGGUGUCCAGCUAAACAAAAGCAUUAAAAUAUAUUAAAGCUUUAUUCUGAAUGUAAGUUUGGUUAAAAAUGAGUUUUAUUUGAGUGGACCAUGAGCGAAGGCGUAGCAGAAUGUACCGAAAAGCUAGAUCCCAGGGUCCAGAUCGAGCUAGAGCGCCUGAACACAGCAACAGAUGAGAUCAACCGUCUUGAAGUAGAAUUGGAUGAAGCCAGGCUCGCGUUCCGUCGACUCUUGGCUGAGGGGCAUUUGCGAAUACAGCAGCUCACUAAGAAACUUGGCACAAGUGUGCAUAAAGCACGGCCCUAUUAUGAAGCCAGAUUUCGAGCUAACAUUACCUCACAAGAACUCCAAGCAGCUAACAUCACGUACGACAAAGCAAAUAGUGCUCAUGCGGCUGCCAGGGAGAUGGUCUAUCUGGCGGAGCAGGGCCUUGCAAGACUUGCUGAGGGCUCGGGGGGACUCACACUGGACCCUGCCUGGCAAGAGAUGCUCAACCACGCCACACAUCGGGUCAACCAGGCGGAGUCAGACCGCGCGGCGGCGACGGUGACGCAACGCACAAAGGCUGCGGCGCACCGCGCGGCGACCGCACUCGUGCAACAGCUACAGAACGGCCUCAAGCGACACAUCGCCAAGUCCAGGCCGUACUUCGAGGAGAAAGCUCGAAUAAACUCAGCAUUAGAAGCCCAGAAAGCUCGAAUCCAAACCCUGGAGGUACAAGUGGCGGACGCGAAACAGAAAUACUCUUCGGCUUUGAGGAAUUUAGAGAGGAUAUCCGAUGAAAUACAUCGGCAUAGAUCGAGAAGACAGUCCACUAGAAAUGACUUAGACCGUUCAACAAUUACAGACACUACAAGCGAGUCCAACGCCAGCGAAACUCUUGAGGAGCUCUGCGCGCAUAACAACGAUGAAAAUGUGCGCGAGUGGCUACGACGGGCGGACAGGAGUGAUCCGGACACUUGGACUGAGAUCGACCUGGACUAUUCCAGCCCGGAGGAAAUCAGUUUCGAAAAAUGCUCUCUUCGACCACGGUCGACACCAGAAAAAUCAUCACCUCCCAGUCCCAUGGAAACCAAAGUGUCAGCGGCUUCCCCAAGGCGCAUCAUCAGGACUGCAGACAGGAGUGCAGCCAUACGCGCCGAGUUGGAGAAAGGUAGACGGCAGAGUCUAGAUGCCCUGUUUCAUGAUACGGGAGAAAAGGUCAAGGAGAUGUUUCAAGGUCUAUCGCUGUUCGGCGAGCGCCGCGGCUCGGGCUCCGCUCCGCGCACCCCGCGUCGGUCUUCGCCCCGCUCCCGCCGGUCGCCGGCGCCCGAUGGAGCUUCAUCCACUUCUGACGAACGGUACUCCGACACCGACAGUUUGACCAGUAUGGAAAUGCUGACUGACGACCAGAUAGCUUCACUAAUGUUGGACGCGCAACUAGAGGCUGUGUGCGAACGUCUCGCCGGGGUCGCCAGAAUUCCGCGCUCACCGCAGUCGCCCGAAGCUCGAUAUUGAACCUUAACCACUUCCAAUUAAGGUACAAUUUAAUACGAAGUCGUUUGAAGGUCACCUUCAA